AUGGCUCGGUCCAAUCUCUUCUUCCUUGCCAUCUUCGUGAUCUUCGCAGCUAUCGCCUUGUCGCUGCCCACCAACUUGAAGCGUGAUGAUCUAACUCCCGGUGAAAAACUGAGCCUUGAGGGUGCUGUGGAUGAUCUCAAGUCCGCUACAAAGAUGAUGAACGGUUUCGAUAACCAAGAUUCCAACAACCAGAAGAAUGAGGUCGAGCAUGCUCCCUCUUCUACCUGGGAUUCCAACCAGGAUGGUGGUGCCACCGGUAACGUGGACGGUGAGGAGGAUAAGAAGGUUCAGGAUAACCAGCCUACCAGGACUCAGAAGAAGCCUACAUCUGGUAACUUUGUUACUCCUACCGCUACCCACACUCACAAGCCUACUUCUGAGCCUAAUGCUUUGGGCAAGCUUCCUAUUGUGGGUGGUCUUCUGGGUGGUACUGGAAGUGGACUGUAG